CCACUAUAAACACCCUCCCUACUCUCUCUGCUUCUUCCACAUUUCUGCAACAAGCUAGAGAGGGUUUCGAAAAAUGGCUGAAGCUGCGAGACUCCACAUCGAUCGAAUCAGGAAGACGAAGUUUUCCAUCGGCGGAGCCGAGAAUCCUUUGACGGAGGAUCUCCACCAAGCCGUGAAGAAUCUCUCCGCUGAGCUCUACGCUAAGGAUGUCCACUUCCUCAUGGAGCUCAUACAGAACUCGGAAGACAACGAAUACCCGGAAGGUGUGGAUCCUUCUCUCGAGUUUGUCAUCACAUCUGAUGACAUAACAGCCACUGGAGCUCCGGCCACUCUUAUGAUCUUCAACAACGAGAAAGGUUUCUCCGAGAAGAACAUUGACUCGAUCUGCAGUGUCGGAAGGUCCACCAAGAAAGGCAACAGGAAACGGGGUUAUAUCGGAGAAAAAGGAAUUGGAUUCAAGAGUGUGUUCUUGAUCACUUCUCAGCCAUACAUCUUCAGUAAUGGUUACCAGAUUCGAUUCAACGAGGCACCAUGUCCGCAUUGUAGCCUAGGCUACAUUGUCCCGGAAUGGGUUGACCAACAGCCGUCUCUGGAUGAAAUAAGGCGGAUAUAUGGUUCUGGUUCUGAGCUUCCCACCACAACCAUCAUCUUGCCUCUGAAAGCAGAUAAAGUCAAGCCCGUGAAGGAGCAGCUCUCCCAGAUUCAUCCUGAGGUGUUGUUGUUUCUGUCAAAGAUCAAGUGCCUUUCCGUCCGAGAACACUGUCAAGAUCCUCGGCUCUGCACGGUGAACUCAAUCGGAAUCGUCAGUGAGACCGAUUUUAUGACUAGGAAGAGCAUGGAUGCUGAGUCAUACACUGUUCAUCUCUCUGCUCAUGGCAAUGGUAAAGAAUCUGGUAAAGAAUGCAGCUACUACAUGUGGAGGCAGAAGUUUCCAGUAAAACCUGAGAAUCGUGUGGAAAGGAGAAUGGAAGCCGAGGAUUGGGUGAUAACCUUGGCAUUUCCAUUCGGAGAGCGUCUUGGUAAAGGAAUUAGCUCUCCUGGAGUCUAUGCAUUUCUUCCCACCGAGAUGGUAACAAAUUUGCCGUUCAUUAUUCAAGCUGAUUUCAUCUUGGCGUCGUCAAGAGAAACCAUUCUCUUGGAUGACAAAUGGAACCAGGGGAUCCUCGAGUGUGUUGCAUCCGUUUUUGUGAAUUCAUUCACCUCAUUGGUGAAAAAGACUGAUGCUCCGGUGUCUAGCUUGCUGCCGGUUUUCAAGUUCUUACCCACAGCGGAAUCUUCCUAUCCGAAGCUGAAUGCUGUGCGAGAAUCCAUCAGAGCAAGGAUCUCUCAAGAAGAAAUUGUUCCAAGCGUGCCACAUCUCGGGCAGAAGUUCUUUCAUAGGCCGUGUGAAGUUGGUCGUCUCAUUCCUGCCUUCUGGGACAUCUUGGAGAAAGCGAAGAGGGAAGGUGCCAACUUGCAGAAUAUCUCUUCUCACGGAACAUUCAUUUUGGACUCCACUUUUGAUGCACCAGAAAAUGACAAGAUUCUGGACUUCUUGGGGUUAAAAAGAGUCAGCGACGAAUGGUAUGCAAAAUGCAUUCAGGGCUGCAAUCUCGUAUCGGGCAUAACCGAUGAAACAUAUGUGGAGCUUCUCCUAUUCAUCGCUGAGAACUGGCAGUCAAGAUUUCGGACUACAUCGAUGGUGAAUGUUCCAUUGGUCAAGUACAUGGUCAAAAAGGGAGUCAGUUCCCUUUGCAGUAUUUCGAAAUUCAGUCCUCGGACAUUAUGUGUGUCACCAACAAACCAUCAAGCAUGGUUACUGGAUUGGAACGAAGAGUUCAGAUGCAUGUCUACGUAUGUCUUCAUGCCAGAAUCAACAAGAAAGUCACUUAGAUCAUGUCCCAAGAAACAGGUAAUACUGGACUGGCUCAAGGAGAAGAUAGAUGUCGCAGACUUUAAGGUCUGCCAUUAUGCGAAGAAACUCAAGGAGAAUCUCGGAGGGGAAAGGGGACUUGCGGUUGCAUAUGUUCAUUUUCUAUAUCAUUCACUCUCGAAGGAACUUUUAUCAGAAGGAGAUGUCGACGCUUGUUGCCAUCGUAUGCCACUCGUGGACAAUUAUGGAAAUCUGAACAGAAAACGAGAUCGAAGAAGAAGAAGUCUUAUUGGGAAUGGUGUUCUAGUUCCUGCUAGUGUCAGCAAAUGGGUCAGCCUAAUCGGUUCAAAUCCUUGGCGACAAGACGGUUACAUUGAGCUUGGAGAAGACUACCUUCGUUCAGGAAAGUUCGCUGGUAUAAGCUCAGGUCAUCGGCAGCUUCUCGAGUUCUUGAAAAUACACGUAAAGUCGGAAGAUAUACCCUACAUAUCUCCUCCCGAUGCUGCUUUACCUGCGGUAUCAGGUGCACUUAGAAAGGAAAAUGCUUUCUUGCUCUUGGAGUGGAUACGAAACCUCAAGAUGUCAAGAAGCACUCUUCCUGUGAAGUUUCUGAAUUCGAUAAAAGAAGGAAGCUGGCUGAGAACAUCUCUGGAUGGUUUCUCUGAUUAUCGACCUCCGUUUCAGUCAUUUUUCCAUACUUCAUCAUGGGGAGACAUUCUGCAAAAUGGAUCAGUACUUGUGGAUAUCCCGCUGGUGGAUCGGAGCUUCUACGGGGAUAAGAUCACAAAUUACAUGGAGGAACUGAGAACCGUGGGCGUAAUGUUCGAGUUCAGUGAAGCUUGUGCUUUUGUUGGAAAGCAUCUAAUGCGUUUGGCCGCAACCUCGUCGCUGUCGAAAACCAACGUGUUUUCAAUUCUUCAGUUCAUCCGAUACUUGAGAUCGAAAUGCCUCCCGCCAUCUGAUUUCAUCAAAGCCAUUAAAGGAGGCCGUUGGCUUAGGACAACAAGCGGUGACAGAUCUCCAGAUGGCGCUGUUUUGUUCAGCCAAGAAUGGAAAUCUGCUAAACUGAUCAGUGAUAUUCCAUUCAUCUCCAACGAUUUCUAUGGUGAUGCCAUAGAAGAUUUCAAAGAGGAGCUCGAGUUACUUGGCGUUGUAGUCCGGUUUCAUGACAGUCACAGCCUCAUCAUCGCCUACUUGAAUUCUUCAAGGCUGAGUUAUUUGACGGCGGAUGCAAUGUUCUUAGUUCUUGAAUGUAUGCGUAGGCUGAGCCCUUCGAAGCUGGUUGCUGCCCUGAGCAAUGCCAGUUGCUUCAAGACGUAUACGGGCUACCGAUGCCCGAGAGAGUGUUUCAUACCGGAUCCCGACUGGGGUUGCCUUCUGAAAGUCUUCAAUUGCUUCUCUUUGAUCGACGAAGUUUUCUAUGGAAGCAUAAUCUGUAGAUACAGGGAAGAGCUGAAGCAGAUUGGUGUGGUGGUACAGUUCGAAGAUGCUGUGAAAGCUUUUGUGAGUGUGUUCAAGCAGAAAGCUUCGUCCUCUGCCGUAACAAAGGAUUCCGCCUUGUCUCUUCUGUCUUGUUAUAGGAAACUGAUGCAGAAUCCACACAGGUUCCCUCAAGAUCUGAAGAACAGUGUUAAAGAGUUCAAAUGGCUGCGCACAAAGCUCGGGGAUUUUCGAUCACCAGAGAAAUGCAUUCUCUUCGAUCCAGAUUGGGAACCUCUCCGUCUCAUAUGUAAUCUCCCGUUGAUUGAUGAUGGUCCAAACUGGUAUGGCAAUGCCAUACAUGACUAUAAGAGCGAGCUCAUGAGCUUGGGAGUCGUGGCCGAGCUGAGCAAAGGCGUGGAUUACGUAUUCAAUUCGCUGGUCUUCCCUUCCGAUCCAUCUCGUAUCGCUGCUUCAAGUGUGCUCUCUCUUCUGAAAUGCAUUGCUAUCUUGAGAAACGAGAGGUUGCAGUCACUUUCCAAGGAGUUUCUCGAAAGGGUUUCUGUGAAGUGGUUGAAGACGUAUGCUGGUUACCUUAGUCCUCGAGAGUGCCUCUUGUUUGAUCAGAACUGGGAGCUGAAUCCGACAGAUGGUCCCUUCAUCGAUGAAGGUCAUUACGGCCCGGAGAUAAAAUCACGCAGCAAAGAGCUUGAAGCGAUUGGAGUUACCCUCGAUGCAAACAAGGCUUGCCAGUUGCUUGCCAGCCGCUUAUAUGAACACUCUGAUUCUGAUGCCAUAAUCCGCAUGUACCGAUUUCUCAACAAGUUCGGGUGGAGCCCUGAGAAAGGAGCGUCUCCAGGCCAUAUCUGGAUCCCGAGCGACGGCGGCAGCAACGUCGGGAGAUGGGCUGAAGUUUCUCAGUGCGUGCUGUAUGACAAAGACAAGCUCUUCAAAUCAAAUCUACACGUCUUGGAGAAUCACUACGACAGCAAAUCAGAUAAUGGUCUUUUCAUCUUUUUCUCGGCUGUGCUCAACGUGAGAACCAACCCGUCUCUUGAAGAUUACUGUGAACUGUGGAAGGAUUGGGAGGGCAAGUGGGACAAGUUGUCAUCCGAAGAUUGCUGCUCGUUCUGGCGAUUUGUCUUGAAGCAUAGCCACAACACAAAAGCUCAGGAGUUUCUCUCCGAGUCCCUGACGCGUUUGCCAGUUAACUCCACAGGUGACAGAAACGAGAUCGAAGAAGAAGAAGUCUUAUUGUGCAACAAGAGCGAUGUGUUCAUAGCCGAUGACUUGCUUCUGAAGGAUCUUUUCAAGAACUCCCCUGUAUUCGUAUGGUACCCUCAGCCAAGCAUUCCGACAUUGCCACGAACUAAGCUCCUACAGCUCUACAGAAAGAUCGGCGUCCAAGAAAUCUCGAAACGCGUCGAGAUGAAAGAAUUAGACCUUCCCGAAGGCGUGGAACCGGAAGAAAAGAAGCCUGAAGACAUUCUGAUCGGGCCAGGACUCGUGAGGCUAAUCCUCGGGUUUCUCUCGGACCCAUCUCUCAAUAUUGAAUCCGAGGAACGUUCUAGAUACAUCCAAUGCCUUCUAAAGGACAACCUCAAAGUUCUAGAAACUCCAGAGACGAUCUCGGCGGAGUACACUCUGAGAUUGUCGACGAAGACGCUGAGCGUUAAGGCGGAGCAGAUGAUACGAUGGGACAGAGAGAAGGCGGUGGUCUAUGCCCAGAAGAUGGAGAGGUCCUCUUCUUCGGUGGGGAAGAAGAAGCUUCUAGAAUACGCCACGUGUUUUGCGGAGGUGAUAGCCAAGGGAGUGAUGUGGGAGAGAGAGGAUCUGAUCGGAAAGCUGUCGGAGCUGAUAAAGAUGGGUUACCUCUUGGAGUUUGACGAAGAAGCCGUCCAGUUUCUGAUGAAGUCGAAGAACCUUCAGGUGUACGAGGAAGACGAGAAACUCAUCUCCGAUGCCUUCUCUCCCAAGUAACACAAAGCUCAAUUGUGAAGGGAAUCCAGGCAAAAAAAAAACGGCAGGUUGUCUUUUUUGUUGUUUUGGUUGUGUUAUAAAAUCAACCUGAAUGGCCCUGCCUGCUCUUGGCGCCAUUUCUUUUGAAAACCUUCCCCCUAAAAACCUGGAAGUUAUGUCCUUUUGUCUCUGUGGAUUAGUAAGAUCGCUGGGAAGUUAUAACUCACGCAUUUAUGUC